ACAUAUAUAGGGCCUUGGUUUACAUAGCAUAUUUGACGAGGCUCUAGCUUGUUAAUGUGGCGAUAAUUUCGAUGCAGUGGUCUUCAAAUAUUUAGAUGGGAUCAUUUUGUAAAUUGUUAAGCACCAUAAGCAUCUUUUGCAGCAUCACGGACGGAGAUAUAAGCUUGCAACAAACCCUAUGUAAACGCGUCUAUUGAGUGGGGGAGAGAUGUCGGUGGCGGGGUUAUUAUUUUGUGAUUUUCUCUAAAUAUGUUGGUGCAUUUGGGUUGAAAGAUACCAUCUUUUUAUCUUCGUUACAUGACAGCCACCUAACCCCAUCCAGCCGGCCAUGUCUACCGAGCGGCACCUGUCGCUGUGUCUGAUUUGCCUGUCGCCGCCCGGCGCGGCCGUCAGUAUCGAGGAGAAGGUGGCCGGCUCGGGCCGUCCGCUGCGUGAUGUCAUCUCGGAGCUGGUCUCCGCUCGGGACCGGCACAUGCUGCAGACAGUGUGCCGCCAGUGCCAUCAGCUGCUGGCCGACUUUGACGCGGCCACGGAGCGGGCGCGCGCGCUGCGCUCCACCAUCCAGAGCGUGUUUGACGGCGCCGACCGCCACCUGGUGGCCAUGCUGCUGGAGCCGCGCCAGUCGCGCGCCGUGCUCGCCGCCGCCGCCCGACACCGGCAGACCGGGGCGGAGGGCGCAGAGACGCCCGCCGCCGUGCACAUCGAGAUCCUGCAGGCGGGAGAGGAGGGGAAGGAGGCUGCACCCGACCUGGUACCUGUGCCAUCGCCACCUCGGACGGCCGAGGACGUGACGUUCGACCUCUUGGAAUCGGUCACAGCCGUCCAGCAGCUGAGCCUUCCCGCGGCGGACCCCGGACCGCAGGCAGGUGCUCCCCCCUCCACUGGUGUGGAGAUGACAGCGACACCCCUCACCGACCCCGUCACCAGCGUCCCCACGACCACCACCACCACCAACAUCACCAUCACCAGCAGCAGCGAGACGGUCCGAGACGACCUCACUGACCCCACCGGCACCAACAGCGCGAUCCCCGCAGACAGUACCGCCGACACUGCCGCCCCCGCCGCCUCGCGCUACCGCUGCAGCCUCUGCGGGGAGGGGUUCCGCGACAAGUCGCUGCUGCUCGCCCACCGGCGGCGCAGUCACGCCCGCCGGACCCGCGGCUCCGGCGGCGGCUCGGCCGCGCUCGAGUGCUCCGUGUGCCGGCGGCAGCUGCCGAGCCGGGCGGCGCUGCAGCGCCACGAGCGCAGUCACGCCGCCGACGGCCGCUUCGACUGCACCACGUGCGGCAGGACGUUCCAGCGUGCGGCUACGCUACAGGCGCACCAGCGGCUGCACGACGAGCGGGGCCUCUGCUGCCCGUACUGCCCGCAAAAGUACACCUCGCGACAGGACUUGGAGCAGCACGUGGCGCGGCACACGGGCGCCAGAAACUGCGCCUGUCCAGAGUGCGGCAAGACGUACCGGUUCCGGUCGAAUCUGGCACACCACAUUCAGACGGUGCACAGGAAGGCGGAACUGGCGUGCGCAGUGUGCGGGAAGACGUUCAACAUGAUGAAGAAGCUGCGGCGUCACCGGAACAUCGUGCACGGCCGGCUGCGGUACAAGUGCACAGAGUGCGACAGCCGGUUCUGCUACGAGGGGCAGCUGCGCCGGCACAUGAAGAAGGCCAAGCACGCCAGCGGCGGCAAGGACCAGUCGCUGGAGGCCUACAUCGAGACCGUGGAGACGGACGUGGACGGCACGCAGAUGCUGACGCUCGUCAUCGACGACGGCACCGCGAUCGGGGACGACGAUACGCGCGAGACGCUGGUGCUCUCUGUCGGAGAGAAUUUCGACUCGAGCUUAGUGGAGGCGUCGGUAGACGGCGCUGGCGGCGGCGGCCGUGGCAGCGACACCAUUCUGGAGAUCAUUGGCGAUGGCGAUCUGACAGCCGAUAGCGCCGAUCAGAUAAUUCUCCAGGGUUAAUUGGCUUGUUGCGAUAUCUAUCGGCUACCGACCGGUCCGGUUUGCGACUCGGCAGCGCCUGUCCUGCCAGUCGGGCGGCGCCGGCGGCGGCGACGCGUGCAAUGUGAAACCUCCGGCAGGGAAGUGCCGCUUCGUGCCAGCUAAUGGUGUUGCGACGUUGCUAAUUGACUUCGGAUUAGUGCUUUUAGCGCACUCUCGGGUUACUGGCAAACAUCUGAAGUCUCGCGCGUCCCGAAUUCCAGAACCUGGCUGUUCUCAUUAUUUAGAUAAUGAAUGCAUUUCGAGAGAUUCCUCACACCACCGUCCCUAGCAAUUCAUUCUCUCGGACAUUACCAUGCAUUAAAAAGGCGGAACGGGUAAAUACAACCAUUAUACAGUGUUUAUUGGGAUACCAAUAUUGGUAUGCGUAAGAAGUAGCAAGUGUUCAUUCCAACGAAUUUAUUACUUCGUUCAGACAUUUGACAACCGCGCCAGUACAUAAAAUGCAUCAUAGACCCCUGUAUGUCGAGGUCUAUGGUUGCUUAGUCCUAGGUUCCAUCCAGAUGAUCAAUUUGCUAUCAUGUGCCAUAUAUGUCUGACAUAUCCGAAUUUUGUUUUAAUAGUGUAUCGACUACAACUGUGAUGUGUUUUAAGAUAUUUGUAAUGCAUAUCUGUGAAAAAUAUUACCUACAAAUA